AUGGAGAAGUUUAUCUCGUCGUCCGAAACAAGAUCUCCGACUACUGAGACUGCUUUUAGAAACCAGCAAGCUUCAAUUCAGAAUUUAGAGAAUCAAGUGGGGCAAAUCGUAAAGCUUUUAAGUGAAAGUCCUCAAAAAAGUUUGCCCAGCAACCGAGAAGCUACCCCUAAGGAGCAGCUUAAGGUUAUCACAUUGCAUAGUGGUAAAGAGCUAAAGACUAAGCUAAAUGAAGUAGAUGAGAAAUCUACUAAAACUGAGAAGGUUAAUGAUGAAAAAGAGGGUACACAAGCUGAUGUCGAGGACAAAGUAGAAGCAACACCCAAACCUACCCCUUUUGUGAAGGAAUAUCAAUCUAGAAGAUGCUUUCUAGCCUGUCUUCAGAAGGAUAAACUGGAUGCACAAUUUAGAAGACCCUUUCUUGCUAUAGCUAGGGCCAUCAUUGACGUUCAUGAUGCUAAGCUCAUUCUUAGUAUAGGGGAAGAGCAAGUGAUGUUUCAGAUCCCUAACACUAUGAGACAUCCACUUGUACUCGAUGACAUGGAUGUUAGUAAUGAUAGAGUUGAACAUGAGACUGUGAAUUGUAUUCCAACUAUUAUUGCUAAAGAUCCUUUGGAGUUAUGUUGGGUACAGGAACAUGAGAAAUGUGAGAUACUAGGAGCUCUAGAGCAGCUAGCCUACCUUGAGGCAGCAAGGCUAAUGAGAAAGCAGUUUUUUAAGCCUAUAGAGAUGCCCAAGGAGGAAAAAAUGAAGCCUUUCAUUGAAGAUCCUUCAUCUUCUAAACUCAAGCAGCUUUUGGAACACUUGGAAUAUGCCUUUCUGAUGGAUGGGUCCAAGCUACCAGUAAUAACCAGUUCUGCAUUACUAAAUGAUCAGAAGGCUAAGUUAUUGAAAGUCUUGAGAAGGAGGCAGAGGACAAUAGCUUGGAAGAUUGCAAAUAUAAAGGGAAUCAUCCCUUAUUUUUGCACACAUAAGAUUCUUAAGGAAGAAGAGUUCAAAACUAUGGUGCAACCUCAAAGGCAUCUAAACCCUAACAUGAAGGAAGUAAUGAAGAAGGAGGUGAUUCAACUCCUUGAUGCUGAGAUUAUUUAUCCCAUUUCAGACAAUUUUUGGGUAAGCCCAGUACAAGUAGUGCAAAACAAGGGAGGUAUGAUAGUUUUGUUAAUUGAAAAUAAUGAGCUAGUCCUUACAAGAACUGUGACAGGAUGGAGAGUGUGCAUCGACUAUAGGAAACUGAAUGAUUCCACGAGAAAAGAUCAUUUCCCUUUACCAUUCAUUGAUCAAAUGCUAGAGAGAUUAUCAAGGCAUGCGUACUACUAUUUUCUGGAUGGUUUAUCAGAAUAUUUUCAGAUUCCAAUAGCCCCAUGA